CCAAAUCAGUUACCAAUAUAACAAUCAGUUGAAUCUUGCCAAACAAAAGUCGCUGAAAUCAAAUCAAUAAAUUACCAACAAACGCAAAACAAAGAAUUCAUAGAAUAAAAAAAUAAAAUAAAUAUUCUAAAAAAAGCAACAUCAAUUACCUACAGAUAGAUAACUGGGUGUGAAGGAGCUUUAUCUAUUUAUUCAAAUUACACAGUGUCAAACAUCUACACAGAUAUUCAGUUAACUGUCUUCCUCCCCCUCAGGCAUCAUUUUCACACUAUGGUAAAUCAUAAUUGGUUUUUGGCCACAGUGCUACUGUGGCUGUUACUUUGCUAUCACAACUUGUGUAUAAAUGCUCAGAGUCAAAAUGCAAUUGGAGCUCAUCGAACAUUUCAAAAGACUUCGUUUUCGUGUACUGGACGACCAUCUGGAUACUAUGCUGAUAUUGAAACUGGUUGUCAGGUCUACCACAUGUGUGAUGGUCUGGGACGUCAGUUUAGCUAUUCGUGUCCGAAUACAACAUUAUUCCAACAGCGCAUGCUAAUAUGCGAUCAUUGGUACAUGGUGAAUUGUUCCAAAGCCGAAAGUGAUUACACUGCAAAUUUGUUAAUAGGCCAACGUGAUAAACCAUUUGUUAAUGAUGAGGAAAACAACUUGCGUACCCCACGACCAGAUCUUUUGGAUCGUCCUUAUGCCCCCGACUACUCAGGAGAAUCAUUUAGAAAUCAAUAUCAAAAGUCACUUUCAUCUGUGCUAAAUCAAAUCUAUGAUCACACUGCACAAAAAAUGAAAGAGAAAAACCUGCAAACAGCUCAAAAUCAAUUGGGUACUGGACAACAAAGAUGGAAAAUACCACCUCCUAGUCGCAUCAUAUUGCCACCAGCCUAUGAGCCUCAAGUACUAGAGGAGAGUACAGUAAGACCCACAACCCGUACGUCCUAUUACACCUCAACAGCUACGACCACAACACGAAAACCUUCGACAUUGAGACCCACAGCAAACACUAGAAAUCAGUCAACGAAAUUUAAUAAUGUGGCUGCUUUACACAAUCGACACGAUGAUCACUUGCAGUUGGAGCAUGAUGACUUGGGCACCAGUCACAGUACACGUUACAACACUUCGGCCGAUUUCAAUUCUGCCGAAGAUCGUUUUGCCAAGUCACCACAAAAAGCUACUACCCAACGUAAAACCACCUACAAUAGUAACUAUAAUAAUGCCUUUACCACAGCCAAGCCUGCAACUACCACGAGAAAAACCACCUUAAAUCCUAAAAUCAAAGUACCCUCCAAAAUCUAUGAGCCUCCUUUACUAUAUCCCAUAUACAAUUUAGAUGAUGCCACUUCCAAAUCAACCACUACCACAAGACCCACGUAUAGAGCUUCGACGGCAUCACCGUUUGUAACACGAGUGUCUGCCACCACAAGUACAACCACAACCAAAGCACCCACCCGGCCGACGACAGUAGUUGGCAAACCAUUUACUCGCUCCUCAUUCAGCACAAGCACAAAAGUAGCCACAAAUUCCAAUAACAUCAAUAGAUUUGAUGUUUCCAAACUCACUAAAGAAAUUAGAACACCCGCACCAGCUCAAGGAUUUAAACCACCCACCCCCAGACCUCCAGUAAAAGGCUCUAAUACAUCGCAAAAUACCAACAUCAAUAAGGCUGAUCGGGGCAGUAUAAAACAUGAACAGCCUUCAAAACAGUUGUUACCACCUUUGGCCGAUUUUAUAACACAUGAUGUGGCUACCACUCAAGGACCUCCCAUCUACUAUGAAUGGAAAGUUCCCUCAGAUGGUUUGGAGCCGCCUAAAUUGGAAUCUCCUAUAGGUGUGGAUGGCCGGGAAUAUCCAGAAACAGUUAUCGACUACAAUUCCAUUAGCACAAAUAAUGGUUUCACAUCAAUCUCACAAUUUGGCAUCGAUCAAAAGAAAAGCAAUAAUACCAGUAGUGGAAAACCAGAAAAUAAACAAACAAUUCCUUCGCGAUCACCCACUUCAAGAUCAAUAAAAGAAACCGGCCAGCCCAAUGGUGUAAAUGAAACAAAAUCUAAAACCUCCACCACGACCAGAGCGUCCACCAGUACACAAAAAUCCAGUAAUCCAGGAGAUAUAUUCCAAAUACGUAAAGAUCUCUCAGUGCCCGAAUAUGCCUUUCCCCUGGAAAACGCCGGUCGCACCGGCUAUUUGGAUACAGAUGUGUACAAUUCAUUUCAGUUAAAAAUACCCGAGAGACGUGCCGAUAACGAUGAGCAUAUACAUUGGUAUGGUGAAAAUCCUAAAUGUCCAGAGUGCCAUCCGUCUUAUGUUAGACCGGGCACCUGUGAACCCUGCAUACGAAGAUAGGGGGAAAGAGAGCAUCGGCUCAUUGCUAAAUAAAAUAAAAAUAAAGUAUUUCGAUUCGUUUUAUAACCUAGUUUUAAAAUAUACAUACAUAUGUAAAUCAUAAAAAUCUUCUUCAUACAAUUCAAUUUCAUACAACAAAUUAGCUUAAAUAUGGAAAUGAUAAAAGACAUUCAAAAUUAUUUUUCUAUGCAAUUAUCUAUGUAUCAUUAUUUUAUAUGUAAGUUAUUGUUUACCAUAUUAGAGUAAUUUGUUCAAGAAUUUCCUAUUUGCAUACAAUCUAGAUAACAUAAUAAAUACUUAAUACAUUAAUACAAACAAGGCAACAAGAAAUGUUGCAAAGAAAACUUGGACUAUGAAGUGUCCAAGAGUGUAUAUUAUUUAAAAUUAGUGGUAUUUAUGCGAGUACAUAUUGAGGGUAAACAUUAUUUUCAUAAUGAGAUUGGUUAAAAAUUUUAACGCUACCUGAAUACCCUUAUUUUUUAAUUUUUAAGAUUUUACUUUAGUAUUUUUUUUUUUUAUUUUUAUACAAAUUAUUAUUUAACUUUUAGUGCGAUUGGCUUUUUUUAUACAAUUGUUUGUUAAGAUUUUAUUUUCGAAAAUAAUAAAAUUUAAUAAAAAAAAAUAUAUAAUGAAAA